AUGAAGUCUCUUUUCGCCUUGCAGUUCUUGGCCACUACGGCUCUUGCUAGAACUGAGGUCAUGCUUCCUCUCUACAGCUCCCCCAUCGACGGAAAUCUAAACCUAGCCACAUCACUCGACUGGCAAGCCGCAAUCGACACCAUCAAUUUCCACCGCGACCUGCACUUCUACGUCAUCAUCAACCCGGCGAACGGGCCCAGCAAGACCUCCUACCCAGACGACCCCACCAUCGGGGCCAAGUGCAACAUCGAGCACGGCUGUAACAAAGACUGGACUUAUAACAUCGCCAAGAUCAACGCGCUGGAAAACGCCCAGACCCUAGGUUACAUUUACACCCGGUACGGCGACACGUCCCGCCGCAGCAUCGACGACAUCGAGACGGACAUCGCCGAGUACGCCAACUGGACCACAGCCCCGACGUGGGAUAAUCUCAAUGGGAACAUAACAAUGCACGGCCUCUUCUUCGACGAGACAGCCACGGAGCCGGAGCACUUGGCUGAAUACCGCGACCUGGUCAACUUCGCCAACCAGUCUUUCGCCACGCCCGACCGCGGCCUCUACAGUGUCGUCCUGAAUCCCGGGACGAAUCUCAGUCCCAUGAAUAACUACGAAACCGACAUGUUUUCCCUCGUUACCGCCGUCGUAACCCGCGAGACAUGCUGGGUCCCAGUCGGGAGCGAUAGCGUUGACUGCCCCGGUAACUACACGCCUUUUGACUACGCUAGCCUAAGUUCUGGGAAUGGUUUGCCCAGCAACCCAGCUUUGAACCCUCAGGCGGUGGUUAUUGUGCACCAGUUCCACGAUGCGACGGGUGGCAGACCGGCAACGAAUGAGACGCUGCUUGAGCAGCUUAGGGGGAUUGUGGGGUUGGGGCUGCAUAGCACAUAUUUUACGAGCGGGUCGUGGCAGAACCAGACUGUGCCGCCGGCUGAUGUUGGGAACUUUGCGGACUUGUUGAGUAGGGCUAAUAACGAUACGGCUACUGCCGGGAGACUCUGA